CCACCGCAGAGUAGUAUCCUGUUACACAAAGCAAGCAAAAAUGGCGACAAUCUCCGGUCUCAACCUCUCAACCCCAAAAGUCGUAGCCAGGAUGCCCGACCUGGCAAAACCCCAGAUUGUCAAAACCCCAUACCUGAACCAACCAUGGAAACGGGUCUCCGAAUUGGGGUCCUGCCGCAUGCAUGCCCGACCAGUGAGAGCAGCUCCGGAAAGCAUAUCGGAGAAGGUGGAGGAGAGCAUUAAGGACGCGGAGGAAGCGUGCGCCGGUGACCCGGCAAGCGGCGAGUGCGUGGCGGCGUGGGAUGAGGUGGAGGAGCUGAGCGCUGCGGCGAGCCACGCUAGGGACAAGAAGAAGGGGUCGGAUCCCUUGGAGGCUUACUGCAAGGAUAACCCGGGGACCGAUGAGUGCCGUACUUACGAGGAUUGAGCUGCAAAUUUAUGUGCUAAAUUGCGUAGAUAAUGAAAUUUGAGAUGUUAUAUAAUUAUGCCAUGGACAUGGAAUUACAUGGUUGUUUAAUUAUUAGAAUAAUAAUAUAUUUUAUAC